AUGAACGAGAAAAAUCAAGUCGUGCUACUGCUGGCAGUUGUCUUUGGCAUUAGCCUGAUAGCAGCCAAUACCAACAGAUUCGUACCCAAUACCUUAUCGACUGUCAGAUCCGACAAUGUAAGCCACGUACCGAUCCUUCCAAAGCUAAAUCGUGCCAAGCGUGUAGCUAUUUACAAUGGUCAAGGCGUUGUGAAGUUUGUCGCUGGCGUAGCGCAUCCCGUCAAGCAGGUAGACAAAGAUCAAUCAUUUUGGUUCUUCUACAAUGUACAAAAUCAAUGGAUACCCACAACAAUUCCCCUUUAUUGGUGGAGUUUUUGGAAUACUACAGCCUUUGUGAGCACAGCCCGUGAGUUGCGCAAAGGUUUGCAGUCUACAAUACAUCACGAUUCUACACGAACUUGGCUCUACGAUGCCAUCGAAACGGGCAUGGAACAUUUGCAGGGCAGCGAAAGUGGCACAACUUGCCUGCUGCGCAGUAUAUGCGAAAUAUCCCAACUGCCCUUCGAUGAUGUCAAUAUCUUUAGCGAGAUUCUCAAUGCAGUGCUGAUACCAACGAUGGAUAAUGUGGCCGAAAAAUACAUAAAUGCUAGAGACGCUGGUCGCGCUGGUGCCGAUUGCAUUAAAACUUACAACGAAUGCAGCCCAAGGGUUUGGGACUUUUUAACGCACGUCACGAAAAUAUCUAUCUGA